AUGGCCGACGACUUCACAAACGACCCCAUGACGCAAGGAUUUGGUUUGCAGCUUGGCUGGGGCAUUGCCUUGGUCUACGCACAGAGCAUCAUGACUGCCGUGACCGCACAAAGUAGGCUCAAGGAACCACAAGACAUUUGGAGAAAGUCCCAUGUGGAGGCCCACAAGGCGGAAAACGCAGCCAUUGAGUAUCUCAUGAGCCAUGCUUCCAGCGCUGGGGGCAACCGGAUGUUCAAUGUUGACGAGCAAGGGACCAGCAACAGCGCUCAUCCAGGGCUAGUGCGCUACCUAAGGAGUUUAGCCAUGCAAGCGCGGGCGAGUGCCUACCUGUAUGCCCUGUCCACUCAUUGGCACAGCAGCACCAGAGUCGUGGCAGCUCUGUUUUCCGCAGGUGUGCAGGGGGUGAGUCUGCUUGAGGCUGCCACGGAUCCAACUAGCACGACACCUCCAGCUGGAGCUGAAACUCCAGAUGGGAGUCAGCUGUUUGGACAGUUCAACAGGCUGGGCCUCCAAGCCGCACCGCGACCCUAUCGCGAGCAGCUGACGGCCAACUACCGCAGCCUCUUCCCUGACGCAGCGCGACACUACCGCGCAGAUGUGCUUGAGGUCGCAUUUAACAGCAGCUCAGCCACAUCCAAGGAGUCCUCCGCAGCUGGAGGCAGCAAGUCUUUGACGCGAUCCGCAAUUUGCCCCCUCUUGGAUACCUUGGAUGCGGAAGAGAAGUAUUUCGCAGAACUGGCCUACAUCGAGGAGCGUGCUCGCCGGCAUGUCAAGGAGCCUGCUGAGUUGGAAGAAAUACUGUCUUCGCUGGAGGCUCUGGGCAAAUACGAAAGCCAAAAUGUACAACAGAAGCUUGUUCUGCUGAUCGCGCGCUUGAACUCCGUGGCUAACUUUCGGGGCAAAGGCCGGGAUGACCUGGGCAACGACAUCUUGGAAUCUGCAAGGGCAGUUCUCGGCAGAUUCAAGAUUACCCGGAAGGACAUCCUGGCUGCUAGUGAAGGCAAGGGCUGCGCAACAACAGUUAUUCGAGACGCCGCGUCCCAAAGUGCUGGAGUGUCCAUCGCUGUUGACGUGGUGGGCUCUUUCGAGGCCAUGCGCUGGUACUUGCGUGAGGCAAAGAAGCGCAUGGAUCGAAUUCAUCCGCGUCUCCGUGACAAUGCGGGCCUGGUAGCACGGCUUGCAGAUUACGAGGAGACCUGGCAAAAUGGCUCCCGCUAUCUCUUGCAGUCGGUGCUACUGGAUGCCAACAAUGACCUCGUGGCGGAAUGCAAGAUUGCGCAGAUGCUUGCUCCGGAUCUCAGGAGCAUGUGUACUGGCUACGAUGUGGAGUUGUUCUGGGUUCUGCCACGGAUUGUUCUGCUUUGCUGCCUUGAGAAACCGGCCGACCCUCGUGUGGGACUGCUGUGGGACCUGUUGCCCCACCGCUUCGCAACCACGGCCUCCAAGAUAAAUUCCAAGAGCCUUGAGCUGGGUCCAGAGAUGAAACGGCUGAUGACACAAUUUCAGAAGGUGCGCAACUUGCUGGUGCAUGCCGGUGAUGCCGCUCCACAGGUCACGUUACUGCGAAAGGCCGUUGCGGGCUUUGCAAACGGGGCCGCAGCUGUGCAGCGCGGGAAAAUUGAAGAGGAGGCGGAGGAGGGGCUGCGGCAUCUUCCACCCGCUGCCCGUGAUCAC